AUGCGCAAACGCGCCAAGACACAGGAAGAGAAGGAGCUGCGCGCACAAGAACGCAUCAUGCGUAAUAGACUUGCCGCACAGACUUCACGGCAGCGAAAGCGCGAGUAUGUCACGACCAUGGAGCAGGAAAAUACAAAACUCAAAACACGCCUCUCUUCCCUGGCUCGCGAGAAUAAAACGCUCAAGGCAGAUAUGCAGGUCCUCAACAACCGUCUUGAGUCAAUGGAACAAAUGUUUCGCUUCUUGACGGCA